AUGGCGGCUAACUGUGGCUCAACAUGCCCUACCGAGAACGGAUUCUUCACAAACGAUCUUAGUAUCGGGGGCAGUGCAGUCUUCCUCGCUCUCUACGCCUUCUUGACGCCCGUCACUUUUUACCAGGGAUACCGGUUCCGCACUCCGGGGUUUUCUGCCUUGCUGGCAACGGGACUGUCCUUUGAGGUCUUGGGAUUUCUGGGGAGAAUACUCUUGCAAAAAGGCCGAGAUCACCAAGGCUACUUCGCCCUCGCUCUCUUGGGAAGCGUUCUAGGAGCAACAUUUAUAUGCAGUGCCAUGUCGAUUGUACUGCCUCAUAUACUUGCCCUCUUUGGAGAUCGGCACGCACCAUGCCAGUCAUUCUUUACAGCUUUCCUCCUGAGCGCUUUGCUCAUGGUGAGCCUCACACUCAACAUAAUCGGCAUUGUUUUUGUUGUUUAUGGGUAUGAGGGAGUAAGCCGUGAUCGAAGUGCCGACAUCAUUGCCGGAGGACUGGGCGCUCAAGCUUUCUUAUUACUAGUUAUCUCUGCAGUGUAUACUUGCUUCAUCAUUGGUUUGAGGCCCGAAGCCGAAGCCCCAAAUCCAGCACACUCAGAUAUCUAUUAUUCCAGUCGCUUUUCUAGGUUUCUCCGUUGCAUGGAAAUGGCAACCUUUCUCCUUCUCGGGCACACGAUAUAUCGGAUUUUCGAAAUGAUUGGAGGCAUAGACGGCACUCUGUUUCAGAGCGAGCCAGCUUUCAUAGUCAUGGACGCACUUGUUCCAUUCCUCGCCUGUGUCCUUUUAACUGUGGCCCAUCCAGGUGCUGCGUUUGGAUCGUCAUGGGCUUCAACAUCCUCUCGGAAAUGCAAGCGUCGCGGGCCUUCUCUGCCGCCAUUACAAACGUCGUUCAGUCACGCUGUCCACCACCGCUACGAUCCUAAUAUCCGCCAACAGUUUUCACCUUCUACUCAACGACCACUUCGAGAAGCUAAGCCUCCGCCCACGUACGGUUCUUACGGACUACCAUCAUCUCCACGGCCGUUGAAUAAGCCACCGAGCCCGAUCAUCUUGUCACCAAUAUCGGCCCGAGCGGUAAACCCAGAGAAUCUAAGUGAGCGAUUGGAGAGGUGGGUGGUGCCUCCGGAGUUAGUUGACAGUGACGAGCUAUGGUAG